CACUACUACAUCCCAACGACCUCAAUUCCUCCUUCUCCCCGCUACAAACCCGCCGUUCAAGCUUCCUGUGAUACCCAAUUCCCACCCGCCUUCCUUCCAACCCGCCACAAUGUCCACCAUUAAGUCUAUUCGCAGCAUUGUGCCCCUCCUCGACCGUAUCCUCGUGCAGCGCAUCAAGCCCGAAGCCAAGACCGCAACCGGUAUCUUCCUCCCCGAAACAGCCGUCAAGGACCUCAACGAAGCAAAAGUCAUUGCUGUCGGCCCCGGCGCCUUCGACAAAGACGGAAAGCGCGUCACCCCCAGCGUGCAGCCCGGCGACAAGGUCUUGAUCCCACAAUUCGGCGGUAGCCCGAUCAAGGUUGGCGAGGAAGAAUUGAGCUUGUUUAGAGACCAUGAGCUGCUGGCCAAGAUCAACGAGUAAAUGGAGAGAGACUCUUGUGUAACAUAGCGAGUGGGUUCGCAUGAAUUCACUUGUACAACUUUUUGUAUCAAUACCCUCUUCCCAGACCAAAUACCUUUCUCCGCCGCCGCCCGCUUUCCGGUUUGGAUCCUACAAAAAAAGUAAAUUCACGCAAUGCGACUAGCUUGAUUGCCGGGGUCCCGUCGUAGUCAUAUAUACAUAUAAUCUGGCCUAAGCAAAAAACAUAUUCUUUGGUGCGUGGAGAGCGAUUCUUCAAUAUGCAUGUAUUUAACAAGAUGACGGUUCGGGAUGGUUGAAUGGGAGACACGAAACGAACGAACGAAAUGAAAUAAGAAAUCUCUGCUCCAAUUGCAAAUUCAAGAAACGUAUGUGUUUUGUGAAGAUGUAUUGUGCAUGCUGAGUUCCAUUGUACAGGGA